CUGUGGCUGAAACAGCCGCCACAACACAUAGUGGGAACGGUAGCCGGCGUCAGAGCGCGGUACUCGAAACGUCCUCUCAGAGCCCACUGCACGCGAGCUCACCGCCACCCCGAAGUCCAAUCGCGCGCACACUCGACGCAUCGCACGCGCAACACCGUCAGUCUACCAUCUCGCAUCACAGCACGAGCACUGACACGGGCACGAGUGAUGAACAUAUGGGCUCCACGGCGCUGCAUGAAGACUCGGGUGAUGAGAGUGAUCCGGAGGAUUCCGAGACUCCUUGGUCGUGCGUCGUGUCUGUUCAGCGCAUAGGGUCAUCGCCCCUCGGGCGCUCUGGCUCUGCUACGACAUCGACGUCCGGCUCUGGCUCGCGUGACCCCCACUCUCACUCGCAUCACCGCCGCGAUAAGGAGCCAGGGGUGCGCAUAAAGGUGGCUACGCUCUCGCCUUCGCCGCAUCAUCCCAAGGUUGUGGCACUGCUGAAGAUGCCGUUCCCGCUGCCAGAUAUAGAGGUAGAGAAGUUGGUCGUGCAUAAACGGGUGAUUACUUCGCACGGCGUGAACCGUAUGGUGCCGGUCUCAGGGGAGCUGGUGUUGACUGCUGAGGAGAUAAAAGAUUCGAUUUCGUCUACUGCCUUGUGGCUGAUUGUGCGGGAAGGCUUUGGUGGCGUCGGGAAAGUUAGCAGGAAAGGUGAUGGCUGGAGGAUACGAGCGUGAACUUGGGCGUGCCCAAAGUUUGACGAAACUUCGUGUCUCUAGUCUAAUCCCCCUGCUGAAUCAUGCUCUCCUGCUCUGCGGUCGCUUUCGUCGCAAGUUACGUGUCAACCAUUCGGGUUAGGUGUACAUCGUCUUCAUUCCCCUUUUCCUUCAGCAUUGUCCCGUGCAUAUAUCCGCACAUAGCAUGCAAUCCAACAGUACUAGUGCUUUUUGGCUUACUCACGCGUUUACUACUAAUCUAGCUGCUAGUUAGUGCCAUCUAUUUAUUCCAUCUGUCUCCUCUUUCACACUCAUCUCAUCAGUUGUUCAUACCUUCCAUUCUUUUUCUCGCCUUUAUCUUCGUCGGUCGUUUAGGAGACCCAUCGGUCUACAUGAGAACCAGUAAUUUGUAUUACACACUACAUCCCAACAAGAAAUUCUCCAUUGUAACCAA